AUGUUCUGGCCUGGUAUGAAUGCACAAAUAGCAGAUACAGUGAGCAGUUGUGAGAUUUGUCUAACACACAGAAAUCGAAACGCAAAAGAACCGAUGAUAGGACAUGACAUACCAACACGUCCAUGGCAAAAAGUCGGAAUGGAUUUAUUUGAACUGUACGCAAAAGACUAUCUAUUGAUAGUGGAUGACUAUUCAGGAUACUUUGAAAUAAAUCAGUUAACAAGUACAAAAUCCAAUUCAGUCAUCAAAUUCUGUAAACAACAAUUUGCGAGACAUGGAAUCUCAAGUGAGGUAGUGUCAGAUAAUGGACCUCAAUUUUCAUCAGCGGAGUUUAAGGCUUUCAGUAAAUCAUAUGAAUUUGAACAUACUUUAGUGUCACCAAAUUACCCGCAAUCAAAUGGAAGAGCUGAAAAGGCAGUACAAACAGCAAAGUUGAUACUUAAGAAAGCAAAGGAAGACAAACAAGAUCCAUAUAUAGCGUUACUAAACUAUCGCAAUACGCCGCGAGAUGGACUACCGUCCCCAGUUCAAUUGCUAAUGAGCCGUAGAACAAAAACGCAGUUGCCAACGUCAAAGAAACUCCUAAAACCGAAAACUAACAAAACUAUUGUCAAAACGCUACAAAAACAAACAAAAUAA